UGCCAGAUCACCGCAUCGAAUAAUAAUCAGAAACUCCGCUAAAUGGACAGUGAAGGUGACGAAAUACCAGAAACUAGUGAACUAUUCGACCAAGAUCAAGAUGAGUCCGAAGAUUAUUCAACAUUCUUCCUUCAACCAGCUUCAUGUCCUUACAACAUCGCUCAAAGGGUCGAGGAAGCCAAUGCAGCCCUUUACGAUUCAUCCCUGAGAUCGGAGAAACCGGCUAAAGUUCGCUUCAAAGAAGAUUUGGUGAGUUUCGAUGCCCAGUUGACUGAUGAUGAUGUGGUCAGCAUUGAGAGCGAUCAUGCUGAUCUACCCUUCAUGGAACAACAGAAACAGCAGAUCAUUUUCGAGUACAAAACGAACAAUUCAAUGUUUAGCAUCGAUGAAGACGGCGAGGAUGAAAUCAUCGAAGAUAUUGAGUGCGAACUGGAAGGUGUCGGAAAAAAUGAAGAUAUUGAAGGACAGGAAGCAUCAACAAUAAAACCCCGUGAAGAAGAACGAAAUAAUCAUGAUGAUGAAACGACUGAAUCAACGAAUUCUGAGGAUUUAAAACCCAAAGGUAAAGCUAGAAAGAAAUCACCUAAAUUCAUCAACUGCAAGUAUCAUUGUAUAGAACGAAUAGAAACUGAGCUGACGGACGCUAUCAGAAAACUGACAAUGAACGAAAAACCCCCGGUAUGUCCCCCCCUCAAACUUAUAGACCGUAAAUGUUGCACUAAGAAUCACAAGCGGAAUCCCAUAAUUUUGCCAAAAUACGAAGGAUUACGUUCGGAAUACGGGCUCAGCAAUGAACAGAUUAUCCGACGACAGAAAAUCAAAGAAAUGAUUCGUUCUAGAGAAGAAAAACGUCAAGAACUUCUCAGAGAAUAUAAAAAGAAGAGGGAAGAAGUCAACGAACAAGUGUUUUGCAAUUGGUUGAAGAAAAUUUCAGAGAGAAAACAACGUAUAGGUUUCAAGGAGUACAGGGUGAGUUUGAACAAGUCACAAGUGAGGCCUAUAUCUUCUUCAACCUCUAAAACUUCGAGUAGACCCGUUGGGAGUUCUAAAACAACGUCAGAGUCAGGGUAUUCUUCGAAAACUUCUAGUGAGAAGAGUUCUAGGUCAAGAAGUGGCGGAAGUGGUAGAAGUGUGUACAUUGAAGUGCCCAGGAAUGUUUUACAACGGGGCAUAACAGUAGAGAAUCUGCUGAAUAGUUUUGGACAUUCGAAAAAACUUUAUAUUACUACAGUUUCCUGAUAUUGUCGAAUUCUUCUUGGCUCCUCAUAUUGAUUUUCAGGAAAAGUUCAGCAUAUUUCUAUCCUAUUUUUUCGUAAUCCUCUAUAUUUCCAUGUGAAUUAAACAUUUUCUAC